UUAAAAGUUUUCUUCGGCCGGGACACUGGCGUAGUGAGCCAUGGCUGUCUGCGUCGGGAUGCUGCGCGUCUGGUGGCUGUGCGCCGGUCCCCGCGGGGUGCUAGCAACGCGCACCGUCCUCUCUCGGGGUUGGCAGGAAGCAAGGUUUCGGGGCGUCCGUCCCCUCAGUUCCAGAGAGGUGGCCCACACUGCCACCCUGCCCAUCGGAGGCCUUAGCUACGUCCGGGGCUGCACCGAAUCCCGUCUGAUCGACAAGACCGUGGGACAGUGCCUGGCUGCCACAGCACAGAGGUUCCCAAACCAAGAGGCCUUGGUUGUCCUCCAUGAGGACAUCAGGUUGACCUUUGCCCAGCUCAAGGAAGAGGUGGACAAAGCUGCCUCUGGGCUCCUGAGUAUCGGCCUUUGCAAGGGUGACCGGCUGGGCAUGUGGGGACCGAACUCCUAUGCCUGGGUGCUAAUGCAGCUGGCCACCGCUCAGGCAGGCAUCAUUCUGGUGUCUGUGAACCCAGCCUACAAGGCCAUGGAGCUGGAGUAUGUCCUCAGGAAGGUGGGCUGCAAAGCCCUCGUGUUCCCCAAGCAAUUCAAGACCCAGCAAUUCUACAACAUCCUGAAGCAGAUCUGUCCCGAGUUGGAGAAGGCCCAGCCAGGGGCCUUGAAGUGUCAGAGGCUUCCAGACCUGACCACACUCAUCUCAGUGGACACCCCUCUGCCAGGGACCCUGUUCCUGGAGGAUGUGGUGGCAGCCGGAAACACAGAGCAGCAUCUGGCCCAGCUCCGGCACACCGAGCAGUUCCUGUCCUGCUAUGACCCUAUCAACAUCCAGUUUACCUCAGGGACCACAGGCAGCCCCAAGGGGGCCACCCUUUCCCACCACAACAUCGUCAACAACUCCAACUUUAUGGGCAAGCGCUUGAAACUAUACCUGAAGACACCAGAGGAGCCAAGGAUUAUCCUGCCCGCCCCCCUGUACCACUGCAUGGGCUCUGUGGGGGGCACAGUGGUGAGCGUGCUACACGGCGUCCCCAUAGUCCUGCCUUCUCCGGUUUUUAAUGGCAAGCAGACGCUGGAGGCCAUCAGCAGAGAGAGGGGCACCUUCCUGUACGGCACCCCCACAAUGUACUCGGACAUUCUGAACCAGCCCGACUUCUCCAGCUACGACGUCUCAGCCAUGAGAGCAGGUGUCAUUGCUGGGUCCCCUGUACCCCCAGACCUGAUGAAAGACAUCAUAAACAAGCUGAACGCAAAGGACCUGGUGAUUGGUUACGGAACCACAGAGAACAGCCCUGUGACCUUCAUGAGCUUUCCUGAUGACCCCUUGGAGGAGAAGGCACACAGUGUGGGCAAAGUCAUGCCUCACACAGAGGCCAAGAUCGUGAACAUGAAGACGGGGGCCACAGCAGAGCUGAACACACCUGGAGAGCUGUGCAUCCGAGGGUACUGCGUCAUGCUGGGCUACUGGAACGAUCCCCAGAAGACUGAGGAGGUGAUUGGACUCGACAACUGGUAUCGAACAGGAGACAUUGCCACCAUGGAUGAGCAGGGCAUAUGCAAGAUCGUGGGCCGCUCUAAGGACAUGAUCAUCCGGGGCGGGGAGAACAUCUACCCUGCAGAACUGGAGAGCUUCCUUCACACACACCCACAGGUGCAGGAAGUGCAGGUGGUGGGAGUGAAGGACAACCGGAUGGGGGAGGAGAUCUGCGCCUGCAUUCGGCUGAAGUCGGGGGAGGAGGCCACGCCAGAGGAUAUCAAGGCGUUCUGCAAAGGGAAGAUCUCCCACUUCAAGAUCCCCCGGUACGUCGUGUUCGUCACCGACUACCCCCUCACCAUCUCGGGAAAGGUCCAGAAAUUCAAGCUUCAAAAACAGAUGGAACAGCAUCUAAACCUGUGAAUGAAGGGGAGGGGAGUCCCUCCCAGGCCCUGCCCGCCCUUUCCCCACACUCCCCUCCUCUGUCUUUGUGGUUUGACAUAAAGAGCUUCUCUGUUUUCUUUGA